UCCAGAAAAAAUUGCACAAAAUGACAGCCGCUAUUUUACAGAGAAGAAGACUGAGGAGAAGGCAUCUUCCACCAGCUACCAUCCGUUUCCCCGCAGCUUUAUAUUUCUCUGUCACGUUAACAUUACUUAUGCUGUCCUGAGGUUAAAAAUCAUCAGAGACCUCAGAAUGUCAUACACGACUUUUCAGGGCAAUCGGGGCACUUUUGAUUCAGACUGAAACGAAUCCGACGAUUGAAUUGGACCGGAAAUAAAUUUGGGGAAAUUAGCAGGUACUCUGUACAGGCUGUGUAUGGUCCCUUACAGAGAUAUCACAGAUUCUGCUUAAAUCUCAAUGAAAAGAGUGAAGGAUAACAUUAUUGGGCUCAUCUGCUCACUUGCACAUCAUAUACUGGAUUUUCUUUGUCCGUACGUUGCAUCGCGAACAUAAAAUGUUCUUCUUCUCUUCUUAACGCUUUAGGUCUUCGACAACUUUGCAUUUUUUUUCAAUUUUCAAAAUCUAAGCAAAUUUAUCCGCUAUAUGAGAGGCUGAGAACUACUUCUGACCACAUAUGCUUAGUAUUAAAGUUGCCUCCUCACAUCUAAUGGCAAAGCAGUUCCCAUUUGUUAGAAAUACAUCCUACAGAGAUAUUUCCCAAGAUCUUAUUUCAGUGUUGAAAGAAAGAAGCUAGAAACUUGCCACUUACUAAUGCAGAGAUUCAUCAAAGCUAAUUAGAGGUAACACUGGAGCAGUUGAUCUGAGCAACCAAUUUGGUUGGCACUUCCAUUCUCUAAGGAACCAAGAAAUGAGAGCUGAAAUCUGGUUUCUAUGAGAAAUUGGUCAUUUUUCAAGUGCAUUCGUUUUUACUUCAGCUUUGGACUCCUUAAGAAGAUCCAGGGAAGACCAUAUCUAGCAUCAUUUUUAGCCUACUAACUCCCUGCGGUUGAGUAUGUCUUCUUUUCCGUUGUCACUGUGCGUGCAUAUGGUAUUGUGGCCCGUAAACAGUGGGUCCACAAUAUACUGGCAAUAUACAGGUAAGCAAUCCGGAAGGUGUGGUGCCUUGGCAUGGAACCCCACGGAAGAACUACCAAAUAGGGUUUCUCUCCAUGCCUCCGCAAAAACAACUAUUUUUUGCGGUGUGGACGGAUCACGGACCCUUUCAAGUUGAAUGGGUCUGCAUCCAUCUGCGGAAACAGCACGAAUGUUGCCCGUGCAUUGGGGACGGCAAAUUGCGGUCCCCAAUGCACAGAACGGCCGUCUGCAUGAGCCCUAAACCUCACCCAUUUAGUGGUCCAGUUUACAUCUGGACAGUUCCAUCAAAAUCAGACCAGAGUUGUCAAGCACACUACAACAUUCCAGCUCAUUCUCCAGUCCUUACAUUGCAAACCUGAGAGUCCCGGAGCAUUGUAUUACUCCAGAUAUAGAGUUAUUUUUAGGGUUUCUGACCUGAAUACAUUCUCUGCUUUAAUGAUCAAUGCCUGAUUUUGGCUUCCAAAACUGCAUGCAGAAACCUGACCACGUGAGUGUACCCUUAGAGUACGCCACACAUCAUCUUCAUAUGUUAUGCUCCUGAACAAACCCUUCAAGUAAAACUUUGAGCCAAAUUUUCAUGCAUAAAUGUACAGAAUGUAAUGUGUACGUUGGUAUUGGGUGAGGAUCCUUCUACCAUACUGGUGUCCACAUCAAUCUCAUAUCUGGAAGACUGCUGCAUUAGGAAAGGGAAACCACCCGGGGGCACGCAGGGUUCUUUGUGAACAGUAAGUACUUUUACGUAUACAUUAUGAGAUAUUAUUAUUACAGUGAAACCUCUGAGAUGACCACUUAACAUGGCAUUGAAGAGUGGUCCUUUAGAGGGAUGGUCUUAAAGAAGAUGGCCAAUAUCCAUAUAUGUGCAACUGAACUGAAUAUAUGGUGGAAUUGAAAAUCAGCCACAGGAAAUCUGAUCUGGAUAAGGAAUUGUGUCCUGGUCUUUUGGAGAGGUUUGACUGUAUCUGCAUUAUUUAUUAUCUGUAAUUAUGUAUUGCUUAUAUAUUCAAUAUGGCUAUAUUAUGGUUAUGAUCCCUCUUGUGCCCUCCAUCUUGAUUGCUGACUCCAUCCGAUGUCAGCGAUUCCAGUGCUAAAGUCUAUGCAAAUAGCCGGGAGAGUUCUGCGCAUGCGCCAUCGCACAUCUCAUGCGCAGGAUUUCAGAGCUGGAAACAGUGAUGUUAGAUGGCAAAGGAGAUGUCAGUCAAGACAGAGGGCCGGACACUAAGCAGAGAUUAUGACUGAGCGCCUGAGCAGUUGCUGUGAUGGGGUGUGCACAAUGGAUGAAAAAUUCCAAUUAUAAGUAAUUGGACCGUGGUGCACCUUUAUAAAAAUAUGUUUGCUCUUGUCCUUCACACCUCUAACCAGUGCGGUAAUUAGCUGUAUGGUAUAAAUGGCUCUGUAAAACUCCCUAUAAUUCAGCUCCACCUUCUCUUUAUUUGGUAUAGCUGACACCGCAGUAAUAUUACCAGUAGAGAGCUUCUUGAGAAGAUCUAGAUUGAAGCUUGGAUUUCAGGUUUAUAGCCACAAGAAAGGAAAUCAGACAGUGCACAGAUAUUUGCCAUGCAAUUCCCUAAUACGAGCACCCAUACUUGAGAAAAUAAUGCACGUAUCAAGAAUUAUAACAAAAUCAAAUCUUUUUUUAAAGAUAUUAUCUUUAUGACCCACUUCAAAAUGAUUAUACUAUAUUAAAGGCGAGUGCCCCAGAGGAUCAACCUGAUCUAGAGCAGAUGAUCUCAAAUGAGGCUGAAGGCCAUGAAUUGGAAGUAUUGCAGCCUGGUCCAAAACUGCACCUGAAGAGACAUCAGAAAGCAGCUAUAAGUGGAAAGGCAAGGACUGAAAGGAAAUAAUUGUCCCCUUCCUCCUGUGAUAUGGACAUACUCAAAAGGGACACCUGGCAAAGUUUACGAGGAAAACUCUCAGAUAAGGGGCAUGGAGAACCAUAUACGGGUGAGCCGGUGAUAAGCGUUGCACAGCUAAGGAGACAUCAUCUGUAGUCCAGUUCAUUGCCUCAUUUCACAAGACACAGACUUGGAUUUUGUUGUGCUGCUGGUUCAGAUUCGUUUCUUCACCAUCCGUCAAGAUGAAAAUUCCCAUUAUCAUUGACUCUGCAGUGGAUGACAGUGACGAGGAGGAAAAGGUUUUCCCUAAUCCUGUGUUGGAAGACAGAAGUGUUGAAUUUGCCAAAAAAUGCACCGAAUAUAUCAGUGAUAUCAGCUACAGAGAGAAGUAUAAAAAAUUAAAAGGCAAGAAUGAGUUUGUUCCUGAUACGGCGAAACUGAAGGCUGUCACAGAUUCCAUAUCAGAGACAAAGUACAAGGAAGCCGGCAGGAAGGAGUUAUCCCACUCCCUGUACCAGAUGAUGCCAGCAACAUUAGACACAGCAUUUGCUAAACAAGUCUCGGAGCUUCAGAGUGAGGUUCUUUACAAGCAAAAACACGAUGCAGAUAAGGGAAAAUCUACUUACGCUCAAAUGCUAGAGCCCCCAGACAUCAAGCACGCGAUGGAAGUCAACAGACACCAGAGCAAUGUAAGUUAUAAGAAGAAAAAUGCACAGGAGAUCCACAAAUACACUGAAGUGAUGAACAGACCAGACAUACGGAAGGCUACAGAGAUCUCCAAGAUCAUAAGCAAUGUGGAUUAUAAAAAAGCCAAAGGUGACCUGAGUAAAGAAUCCAUGGUUUUGGGAAGACCAGAUUUCGAACAUGCAAAAGAAAUGUCAAAGAUCACCAGUCAGGUGAAAUACAAGGAACAUUUCAAGGAAAUGAAGGGUAAGAACCAUUGCUACAACCCCCUGGACAGCGCUGUCUUCAGGAGUGCCCAAGCUGCAACAGACUUGGCGAGUGAUGUGAAGUAUAAGAAAGACAGGCAUAUCAUACAUGACACCUCUGUGGACCUUCCAAACUUACUGAACCUGGAACAUGCCCUGAGGGCCACCAAACUACAAAGCAAUACCGUCUAUAAGAAACAAUUUGAGGAAAGUAAAGGAAAUUACAAUUUUUCUUUGGAUACAGCAGAACAGAACCACCAUAAGGAGAACGCUGUACUGCAAAGUCAGGUGAAAUACAGAGAGGAGUAUGAAAAAUCAAAGGGGAGGUCCAUGCUUGAGUUUGUGGAUACUCCGUCGUACAACGUUUCAAAGGAGGCUCAAAAAUUUCAGAGUGAGACCGUCUAUAAGAAACAAUUUGAGGAAAGUAAAGGAAAUCACCAUUUUUCUUUGGAUACAGCAGAACAGAACCACCAUAAGGAGAACGCUGUACUGCAAAGUCAGGUGAAAUACAGAGAGGAGUAUGAAAAAUCAAAGGGGAGGUCCAUGCUUGAGUUUGUAGAUACUCCGUCGUACAACGUUUCAAAGGAGGCUCAAAAAUUUCAGAGUGAGAAAUUAUACCGGAAAGAGUUUGAAGAGACAAUCAAAGGAAAAGCAUCAGUGGACCUGGAGCUGACCCCAGCAUUACUGCAUGCCAAACAUGCCAUGAACCUGGUCAGCGAGAAGGAGUACAGGAAGGACUUGAAAGAAGGAAUCAGAGGAAAGGGUUUGACGGUUCUGGAAGAUACACCGGAAAUAAUCAGGGUGAAAAACGCUUCACAGAUAUUAAAUGAGAAAGCGUAUCGGAAGGACCUGGAAAAUGAUAUCAAAGGAAAAGGCAUGGAGUUCAGCGCGGACAUCCCCGAUAUGAUCCGAGCCAAGCGGGCAACUGAAAUAGUCAGUGAGAAAGAAUACAAGAAAGAAUUCGAAACCGAAAUCAAGGGAAAGGGAAUGCAAGUGGGUGCUGAUUUUCCUGAGUUACAGCAUUUUAAGAGGGUCUCUGAAUUGGUGAGCCAGAAAAAGUACAAAGAUGAAGCUGAAAGACUGAGAUCUACGUAUUCUAUUGUCGCAGAUACCCCCGAAAUAGAAAGGGUGAAGAAUGCACAAAAAUCCAUAAGUUCUGUGUUUUAUAAGAAGGGGCUAGGUGCCGGCAUAUCCAUCAGGGAGACCCCAGAGAUGGAGAGAGUGAAGAUCACACAGCAGAAUAUCAGUGCAGUAAAGUACAAGGAAGAUAUUGGACCUGCCACAGCAAUAUCUGACCUGCCCGAAAUCAAGAGGGUUAAGGAGAACCAGAAAAACAUCAGCAAUGUUCAUUAUAAGGAGCCACUGAGCAGAGCGACCCCCAUCAGCAUGACUCCAGAGAUGGAACUAGCUAAGAAGAACCAGGAACAUUUCAGCACGGUCCAUUACAAAGAAAAAGUUGGCAAAGUCACACCUGUCGGUCUUACUCCAGAGAUGGAGAGGGUCAAAAAGAACCAAGAAAAUAUUAGUUCGGUAAAAUACAGCAAUGACUUACAGCAGAUGAAAGGCAGACCUAGCGUAAUUCUAGACACACCAGAGCUGAGGCAUGUCAGAGAAACACAAAAUAAUAUAUCAAUGAUAAAAUAUCAUGAAGACUUUGAGAAGACGAAAGGCAGAGGCUUCACCCCAGUACCAGAUGAUCCAGUGACGGAGAGAGUAAGAAAAAACACACAGAUCGUCAGCGACGCUGCUUACAAGGGUGUCCACCCCCAUGUGGUGGAGAUGGACCGACGACCGGGAAUCGUUGUAGCCCCUGUAGGUGCCUACCAUCCAUCUCAGCCUCAAGGCUUUGGCUACAUGCACCCGCCAAGUAUGUCCUCUACGAGGUCAAUGCAUUCUCCACAUGCACAUUCAACCUCACCAAGUAUGAGAACAUACAGAGCCAUGUACGACUACAGCGCUCAAGAUGAUGAUGAGGUUUCCUUCAGGGACGGUGACUAUAUUGUCAACGUGCAGCCAAUCGAUGACGGAUGGAUGUACGGCACAGUGCAGAGAACUGGGAAGACGGGGAUGCUGCCAGCCAAUUACAUUGAGCCCGUUAACUGAGAGCCGCACGUUCCUUCACCUUUCAGCACUCAGUAUAUAUUUUAUUUUUAUGUAAGGAUCACGACGAUCAUGAAAUCUUUAUUGACAAUUAUUCUUUUAAAACGCGUAAAAUUAAGUUUAAGCUUAUUUUUUAAGCACUAGCAUAGAACCUAUGAAAUAGAAGAAGCUCUUACCGCAAGGAAAAGGACUCUGCCAACAAACCCUCAUAGACUUAGUUGAAUGUUGUAUAUUACCAUAUAAUGGAAUAUUUUUUUCUCUUACAUGACAUAUCCUUUCAUAGUUAACCUCAGAGGGCUGGUAAUUGCUGACAAUCGCGGAUAUAGCAGUGGCAUAACGUAGAUUAUAUAUAAGAUUAUGAAACAUAUUUAGCUGCUUCUGCUAUAUUCUAUACUCUGUGCAUUGUUUAGUAUUGCACCUUUAGUCAAAUGGAAUCAAAUCUUUCCAAAUAUAAUUCUAAUUUAAUACUAAAUAUUAUAUAAAAAAGUUGUAUUUAUGAUCAUAAUAUAGUCAAUAGUUUCCAAAGAUCUUUGUGAUUGCAUUCAGAAUGAUGGGAGAGUUCCGCUGCACAAGAAAACAUCUCACUUUUUAAAAGGUAAAUCAAAAGAAAAUGGUAUAUAAACAGUGCCGUGCAAAAGUCUUAGGUGUGGUAAAAGUGCUGCAAAGUAAAAAUGCUUUCAGUUUUAAUAGUUUAUUUUUAUCAAUUAACAAAAUGCAAAGUGAAUGAACAAAAGAGAAAUCUAAAUCAGAUCAAUAUUUGGUGUGACCGCACUUUGCCUGCAAUACAGCAUCGGUUCUUCUAGGUACACUCGCACACAGUUUUUGAAGGAACUCGGCAGGAAGGUUAUUCCAAACAUCUUGCAGAACUAACUACAGAUCUGUAGAUGUAGGCCUGCUCAAAUCCUUCUGUCUCUUUAUGUAAUGUAAGAUAGGCUGGAUGAUGUUGAGAUCAGGACUCUGUGGGGGCCAUAUAAUCACUUCCAGGACUCCUUGUUCUUUACGUUGGAGAUGGUUAUUAAUGACGUUGGCUGUAUGUUUGGGUUCAUUGUCCUGCUGCAGAAUAAAUUUGGAGCAAAUCAGAUGCCGCCCUGAUGGUAUUGCAUGAUGGUUAGGUUUCCUUUCUCAGCAUUAAGGCCCCAUUAAUCCUGUCCAAAUUCCCAACUCCAUUUGCUGAAAUACAGUCCCAAACUUGAAAGGUACCUCCAUCAUGCUUCACUAUUGCCUGCAGACACAUGUAGUACUGCUUUUCAGCCGUUUGGUAACAAACUGCCUUCUGUUACGGCCAACUAUUUCUGAUUUUGACUCCUUAAUACAAUGCACUUGCUGCCAUUUAUCUGCAUCCCUUUUGAGUCGCUUUGCCUUGUCAAAUGUUUGGCUUUUUGGCCGCAAUCCUUUCAUGAAGACCACUUCUGGCCAGACUUCUCUGAACAGUAGAUAGGUGUACCUUAUUUCCACUGGUUUCUGCCAGUUUUGAGCUAAUGGCACUGUUAAACAUCUUCAAAUUUUGCAGGGUAGUAAACAUGAGGCGUCUUUCAUCUGUUGCACUACGUUUUCAGCACCUAUCGGACAUUGGUGGCAUAUCCUAGCAAUAUGUCCACAAAGUGCGAGAUGGGCCAACCCCUUUAAUGGUGUUCUUAGUGCUGAAAAAUCCAGGAAGAUACUUAUCCAUCAUGCAAUACCAUCAGGAAGACGUCUGGUCGGUCCAAAAUUUAUUCAGAAGCAGGACAACAACCCUAAACAUGCAGCCAAUGUAAUUAAGAACUAUAUUCAGAGUAAAGAAGAACAAGGAGUCCUGGAAGUGAUGAUAUCUCCCAAACAGAACCCUGAUCUCAACAUCACUCAGUCUGUCUGGGAUUAUAUGAAGAGACAGAAGGAUUUGAGCAUGUCAACAUCCACAUAAGAUCUGUGGCUAGUUCUCCAAGAUGUUUGGAAGAACCUCUCUGCCGUGUUCCUUCAAAAACUGUGUGCAUUUUCCACACCUGCCUAAAACGUUUUGCACAGUACUGUACAUAUACAUACAGUUGUCAAGUUGACUUAAUAGAUAGAGGCCCAUCAUGUUCAGGCCCUCUUCUAUUUUCCAGAACAGAGAACGGCUACUAAGCACACCUCCUACUCUGGAGGACCUUGCAUAGAGAGCUCAUUGAUUAUUUGCUUCAUUUCCCCAGUGGGGGCACUGCAGGAGUUUGAAGAUCACUGAGAGUUCUAGCCACAAAGUACCCUAUCUGUGAAUUAUAUUUGCCACUUGUAUAGACGGUCUUGAAGAACUUUAGGUUUACUUACUUUAUAUGCUUUAUUUGGUAUUAAAUCACCUGGCUUUAAAACUUCUAUGGUAAUGAAGGCAGACUAUUCAUGUAUAUCUCACACAUUAUCCCGCAUUAUUUCAAUUCUUAGAUAAACACUUUGGUGGCAAUGGUGAAAGGUAUGCAGGCGUAAAACUCUCUGGGACAGACUCUUCUAUAGAUGGCAUAAGCUUAGAUUGGCUGUCUAGACCGGCACCAGAUUUAUCACAGGGGCUCAGGCGGGAUGAUAAAUGUGUUGCCGGGAGAGACAUUUUUGUCUAGCUGUAUACUAACUUGGGUUAGCUUAGUUUGUAUGCCAGAAUUGUGUUGUAAUUAUGGCACUAAAUGUUGCAUAUUAGACCACAACCCUUUUCUGAAAAUCUAUGCCCUAUCAAGAACUAGAUGUUCCAAAUAGUGCCAAAAAUACACCAGACUGCACCAGUUUGCACCACAUUAAACCAUAUUUUGUUACAGAUUAUUACGGCGUGUCAGAGGGAGAUUUAUCAUCUCUUUGUGCCUCUAUUUUGGUGAAAGAAAAUUUGAAAACCUUGUGUUUGCUACUUUUGGAACGUCACUUGUGACCAAUUUUGUCGCAAGUGGCAUUUCUGCUCCGGCCAUCUCCACUUUGUGAAAAGGGGGUGGGGGGAGGACAGGGAGUGGGCCUGACACAUUUAUCUUCAUUUGCGCCUGUUUUCAGGUACAAAUGAAAACAGAAAUUUACGGCAGCUGCGAACUGCCACAGAUUUAAUUCUGGUGCAUGGCCUGCUGGGCGUUCCACCUAAUAUAUGACGAGGCCUGCACCUCAAAGACCGACAUAAAAUACCGGUCUUUGAUAGAUCUCCCUUUAGGUACACUGACAUUAUUAAAUGUGGGCCAUUGAAUGCAAUAGAAUAAAGCAGCAACUGCAACCAUGGUCCAGCAGAUGUGAUCUGUGGACCAGAAUAUUACAAAAUAACUAUUACAAAGUGUGACCACGGUUUUUUAUAUAUUUAUACGCGGGUAAGCUCAUGUGUGUGUUCUGAUUCAGAUCUCUUACAAAGAUAUGUAGUUAAAUGGCUGCUUUUAGGCAACACUGGGGGGGGGGGGGGGCAUUGAGCAGCUCAUUGCAUGAUAAACAGUAUGUGAUAAGCUCCUAAGCUCCUCCUAGUGGUGGCUGUCGGAAGCCAUAAUUUAUAUCUAUGUUUAAACACUGAAUUCAGGACUGCAUUAUAAACAGAGCUCAGACUGCUAUAAAGAUAUGGGAAGACAUUAAAGCGGUUUUGUAACUGAUUACCUAUUCUCUGGAUAGAUCAUAACUGAUGAUUUAUCCUCUGGAUAGGUCAUUAACAUAUGAUCGUGGGGGACCAACCUACGGAGCCCCCGCUGCUUAGCUGUUUGAAAAAGCCCAUGCGCUUCAGUGAGGACUACAGCCUUCUCGCAGCUUACCCUAGCCCAGUGACAUCACGACCAUAGGCCACGUUACCAAUGGCCUAGGGUAAGCUGUGAGAAGGUGAGGCGCUCAUACCAUUGUGAAAUGAUAGGUGGAGGUCCAGGUGCUAAACCCCCCACAGAUUACUAAAACAUAGGGGCCAAAGGGCUCUGCUGAGUGCUGUCCCCCCCUUGUGUGGCUCUCCCAAGCUUCCCUCAGAGAGUGGAAUAAAUGGCAUACAUAUUCAUAUAAAGUCUACGGAUUCCACUCUCCGAGGUUAGUAGGAUUCAUAGAAGGUCUAUGGACUCAUGCUCAGUUUCAGCUCCCUUGUUUCAGCAUUGUGUGAGGGCCUCAACACCCAGAAACCCCACUGGUCAAAGUCACUGACAUGACAAAAGUUUGUAAAAAUCACUGGUACCCUUUAAGCUGCCUAUAGACACCCGAGUUCAUCUGAUGACUGAUGGUUAUGCAGCUAUACCAUGAAGCACCCUUCUGGUAAUGUUUGGUAGAUUAGUUAUAACCUUCAGGUUAUGAAUUUCUGUGGGUGGAAAAAUCCAAUGCGUUGAACUUUUGGUAUUUUCUGCAUCUAAGGUGGUUUUGUAGCCUGAUGCAUAAACAUAAUAAAUCCAUUUUCAGAUUCUCAAAAGUUGCUAAUGAAAUAGAAAUUGCACAAAGAUUUUAA